AAUUGUCAAAGUCAACCAUGAUUAAAUGAAGUGUUUGUUGUUUUUUCUUUAUAAAUCGAUUUUAUCCUGAUAGAUUAUGUAGCAAAGAACUCACUAUAACUCUCUGAUAAAUAUUGAAUACCACUGCUAUGCUAUGUACUUAAUAAUAAUAAUGUUUAAUCACUGACCGAUUCGUAUUUGUUGUCAUCGCAAUGGCCAACAAAGACUUUAUGGCGAGGAAUUCUGCCUUCAAUCCUUAUAGGUUGUGGAGAAAAGAAUUGGGUUUCGGAACUCCUGUCGGCAGUGGCGAUGCUUUGGCGAAAAGCCUUUAUUGUGGCAUGAAACCCAUCUCAUCUUGGGACAGUGAGCAAUCAAAUAGUCUGCCCACUGGAGGAGUAUAUAACCUUGAAUUUUCACCGGAAGGGUCUCUCUUGGUAGCAGCAUGUGAGAAAAAGUGCAUACAAAUAUUUGACCCUCUCACUCAUCAAAGGGUUCACUCUGUUCAUGGAGCUCAUUCAGAUUGUGUUAACUGUGUAAAAUUUUUAGACGGACGAAUGUUUGCAACUUGCUCAGAUGAUACAACAGUAGCAUUGUGGGAUGUGCGAAACUUAAAAAAAAAGAUAAGGUCACUGCUUGGGCACUCAAAUUGGGUGAAAAAUAUAGAAUUUUCCUUUAAAGACAAACUGUUGGUAACAUCUGGAUUAGAAGGCAGUAUUUACACUUGGGAUAUAAAUUCAUACACAGAAUACAAUUUGGUGUACCAGCGGGUGUUCCAUGCGUCAGGGUUGAUGAGGUGCAAGCUAUCACCUGAUGCUCGCCAAAUGGUUAUGUGCACAACCGGAGGACUCUUGGUUAUCGUACAUGAUCUCAAUCUGUCAACUUUAGCACAACAUUUACAUGGAUUUAAGCCCAACUUAUACAGGCUUAUGCAGAUGAGCCAACAAUUGAUUCCGAUUGCGGCCACGUACGAUCACCUGUUUGAUAGCAAUCGCAAGGAGAACCGCAUCGAGUUUGUCUCGGAUUUCCCUGAAGGAAAUGAUGCCAAGGUUGUGGGUUCCUUACAGAUACAUCCACAAGGAUGGAGUGCUUUAAGUAGAAAUAUAAGUCACGACGACAGAUCUGAGUGGUCGUGUAUUCACGACAUCCAGCCAUACUCAGAGCUUGAGGGCAGCGAUAAGUCAACGCGAGACGGCGUCGGAGCGCGCGCCCCUCGGCGGGUGCUCCCUCGGCGGCCCGCUCGGAGACUCCGCCCGCGUCUCUAUCGGCAACUGCUGCUGCAGCCCUCCGCUACGGCAACCACUCCCGCUCAAUCACAGUCUCCCGAAAACCAGAACGAAAGAGAAGAUGACAGGGAUGAAUCGGAGCCUGAACCUGGUCCCAGUGCGUCCAGAAGCGAAGACCCCGCCGCAGCUGCGCCUGACGGUUCCAGACUAUCACCGGGCCUGUCGAGUAUACAAAACGAUGUGUGGGAGGCUUCUAUCACCAUCAAACAACAUAGGACAUUACAAGAAAUGUACAGCAGGGGUCAAGUGGGCAGGAAUUUUAACAUGCAACGUAUAAUGGGAAUAAACACUGGCAUCACGCCGCCUAACCCGGCGGGCGCGGUCCGCCGCCCUCGUUACUUGUCCGGCCGCAUGUUCCUUGGCGGACUGCGAGACGAUCUACCGCUCAGACAUGACAGGCAACAAUCGUCGGCAUCGAGUGAGCCUCCGAGUAGGGAGCGACCGCCGCCGGGCGACGACCCCGACACCCCACACUUCAUCAGACAGAACAGAAACAGACUACUUUACUAUAUAGAGGAGACGAACGAAGGCAAAGGGUUCAUCAAGGAAUUGUGUUACUCGGCGGACGGACGGUUGGUUUGUUCACCGUUCGGCCGGGGCAUGCGUUUGCUGGCACUGAACGAGGACUGCAGCGAACUGUCGCAGACUGCUCGCUCGUUACGAGCGCCGCGCCCCCUCGCGGACGUGGGACAGAGUCUCGGAGUACACCAAGACUUGGUGGUCAGCUCGCGGUUCAACCCCAGAUACCAUAUGCUCGUCACCGGCUGUUUAGAGGGGAAGAUAGUGUGGUACGAGCCUUACAGCGGCGAGGCGCUCUACUAGUUACUUAAUAAAUCAAUAUAAAUAGGCAUUUUGUGUUUUUAUACCUUUUAUGCUAUAAAUACCAAAGAUAACGUA